AUGUAUUCGCUAAUCUUCCUUCCAAAUGAUUUGAAAAUUGAAAAAGAGACACAUUAUUACGGCCUAACAAACAAUGAACAAGAGACACAAGAUGAUGGCAUUACAAACAAUAAACAAGAGACACGAGAUGAUGGCAUUACAAACAAUGAACAAGAGACACAAGAUGAUGGCAUUACAAACAAUGAACAAGAGAAACAAGAUGAUGGCAUUACAAACAAUGAACAAGAGACACAAGAUAAUGGCAUUACAAACAAUGAACAAGAGACACAAGAUGAUGGCAUUACAAACAAUGAACAAGAGACACAAGAUGAUGGCAUUGCAAACAAUGAACAAGAGACAGAAGAUGAUGGCAUUACAAACAAAGAACAAGAGACACGAGAUGAUGGCAUUACAAACAAUGAACAAGAGACACAAGAUGAUGGCAUUACAAACAAUGAACAAGAGACACAAGAUGAUUGCAUUACAAACAAUGAACAAGAGACACAAGAUGAUGGCAUUACAAACAAAGAACAAGAGACACGAGAUGCGGGCGCUACAAACAAUGAUCAAGAUACAAUAGUUGUCGGCCUAAAAAACAAUGUAAAAGAGACCUAA